AUGUACUUCGUAACCGACUGCGCUGCGAAAAGAAACGUGGCUGGUUCAGAUGUGGUCUUGCUCAUGGGGCAGUCGAACAUGAGCGGCUGGGGCGAAGGCUACGACGCAGAUAUCGACGGCCCAAACGACCCGCGCAUCCAGCAGUGGUCACGGGACAACACGGUCAUCACGGCGUCGGAACGUCUCCAGCACGCCGACUUCGAUAUUAUCGACAAAACAAGGGUGGGCAUGGGCACCGCCUUCGGACGCGCCUAUGUCAAAACCCUGCCGGCGAAUCGCAACGUGCUGCUUGUGCCCACCGCAUACGGUGCCACUAGGCUGGUGAACGGUCCCUGGUCUCCGGACGGGAGAUUAUUUGAAGAUGCCGUGACGCGCACGGAAGCCGCGCUCGCAAGCAACGGGGCGACCGGGAACUGCGUCGCGGCAGUCUUAUGGCACCAGGGAGAAGGGGAUGCAGCCGGAAGGAUCGACCAAGAGACAUAUCAGUCCACCUGGGCGGACAUGAUCAACACGCUGAGGUCUCGCAUCCCGGCGGCGGCUGAAGCCCCGGUGAUCUUGGGCGAGUUCACGCCGGACAUGCUUGCAAGAAACCGAGCGCUUUCGGAGCCAAUUAUCGCGGCGAUUCGAGCCAUCCCUGACAGCGUUCCAUUCACGGCAGUAGCGCCCUCUGAGGGUCUGUCAUCCAAUGUCAGUGAUCCCGUACACUUCGACGCGGUAGGGCAGCGUGAGUACGGGCAGCGGUUCUUCGACAAGCUUGGCGACGCGGUCAGAAAUUGCCGAUGAGGUCACGAGACGGCUUGCUUCCGUGGACGGUAACUUACGGUGCGAAGCACAGCGUACAUCAGGGGACACAUGGAGAAGGGACAGGGAUGAACGGCGCAACGGAUUGCAAUGGAUUAUUUGUCGUGAAGGCCGUACUUACGAGCGUUCGGCAUGAACCACUUGGUCAUUGUACUGCAUAUUUUAUCUAAUAGCUACAGUAUAUCCUUUGUUGAACUUUCACCAACACCUCCAGGAUCACUGUGCUAUGAAGAUUGGUGACGAUUGAUGUACUGCGAAGGACGCAGGUUUGCAGGUGAACCGCUUGUUUCGAGAAAACUCAACACUGCGGGAUUCGACGAGACAUCCCUUAAAAUUGACAAGUUUGGUGAUUAUUGCACUUGAGCAGAGCCACUCUUCUUGUUGUCUGCUACUAUCUCUAUUGUAGCUGACCUAUUGGAUCUCGUGCAUGUAGUUCCAAACCAAGACUUACGUGAACGCUAGCUCGGCGGGGCACGAUUCGAAUUCAGGCAAGAGCUUCGACGGUGCAGCGAAUCCCGCGGUGGCGUCCUGACCUCUCCCUCGUACGUCGACGAGAGCCCAACGCUGAUGGAAUCGAACUAUACCCCUCACGCUCCCUCCCCACCCGUAGCGGUCUGAUUCCUGAAGAGCCCUCUCCUCGAGGAGGGAGCGGCGGACUCGUGAAUGCAAGAAGUCGGCCAGCGAUUGCUUUCAUAGGUCCUGGUUGUUGCCAGGACGCGAGAGAGAGAGGGGGAGGGAAGCGAGCUGCCAAGGGGAGCACCACCCGUGUCUUGUACUGACAAGGCUUGACGCAUUGAAGUUUGUUCACGGGGCUUGUUGUUCCUGAUUUAUGGGCUACCGUAAGGAUGCGGGUC